AAAAACGAGGCCAAAGAUUGGAUGGCUAAGAUAUUCCAACAUGGGAGUCUUUUGGGCACGGGCCAUCCACCGUUAGGUGCAUGACAUCAACGGUCUGCGUCACUGCACGGACAAACUGAAAACCCGAUCAUGCCAUGCAUAUGUUAUCCAAUCGAGCAUCUUAUAAUUCAAGCAACGGUCAAGUUCUCAGAAGGUGAGGACUCGCUGUGCGCUGUAGCCACUCUGCGCAGUCUAAGACUCUUCUUCACUUCCCCGAGUCCGAUCGCCAAUAAGAAUCGUGGAUUUCCAUCGCUCCUUCUUAACAUAAAAAAACCCUUUUAUCAUAAGUGUAGAAGAAUGUCCAUCUCCAAUUCCAGAAGCCCUUCUCACACAGAUUCCAAUGAAGAUGCUGGAUCAAGCCCCAUUCCUUUUGAUUAUGCUGAAAUUGUCGUAAUCCGUCACGGGGAGACAACGUGGAAUUCCUCUGGAAGAAUUCAGGGGCACCUUGAUGCAGAAUUAAAUGAGGUUGGGAGGCAACAGGCAACUGCAGUGGCUGAUCGACUGUCCAAGGAAUCAAAAGUUUCAGCUGUAUACUCAUCUGAUCUCAAGCGAGCUCUUGAGACUGCGCAGAUAAUAGCGAAAAGUUGCAAUUUGAAUGAGGUAAUACAAGAUCCAGCAUUAAGGGAGAGGCAUUUGGGUGAUCUUCAAGGUCUAGUAUUCCGUGAUGCAGCAAGACUUAAUCCGGAGGCUUAUCGAGCAUUUUCUUCUCCCAAAACAAAUCAAGAAAUCCCUGGUGGUGGGGAAAGUUUGGAUCAACUAUAUCAGCGAAUGACAUCUUCCCUGGAAAGAAUCGCUAGGAAGCACAAAGGAGAGCGGGUGAUUGCAGUCACCCAUGGGGGUGCGUUAAGAGCACUCUUCAAGCGAGCUGCCCCAAAGGGAUUAUCUCAAGGGAAGGUAAUGAAUACAUCAGUGAACAUAUUUCAUCUGUCCGACAGUGAUGAUUGGAUCAUCAAAGUGUGGGGCGAUGUCAGCCAUCUUAGUAAAACUGGAUUUCUGGAGAGCGGCUUUGGUGGCGACAAGAAUUCUGGUUAGUUCUUACUUUUCUAGCAUAUUCUUCCAACCAUACGAUUACGGAAUAUGUGGUCCAUUCGAGGCCUUAUUUAUAAGUUGAGCAGCUAUAAGAUAUAGUUGCUUGCAUUACUUUUUAACCAAGGGUGUGUUUGGUUGCAAAGAAUUAGACCGAUUAAUCAUGAAAUAUCAUGAUAUUUGGUUCAACCAAAUGCAGCCUAAGAUAAAUGCCGAGUAUAAUUACAUUGUAAAAUGCUUAAAGAUUCCUCAGGUGGUUUGAAUUAAAUCACCAACGGUCUGCAUUGAA